AUGGCUUCCUCUCUCGUCCAGAAUCCAUACACGGCUCAGCUCGGCCAAAAUCCAACCUACACCUACGUUACCGCUCCUCAACCACCACCUUCUCCUCCAGUAGACGAGACCAGCAAAUGUUCUCUACCAUCCAUAUCAAGUUUGUUGGGUGUAGCUGAUGGAUUGACCCCUCAAGAGCAACAAGCUCAACAAGUGCAGCAGCAAGCACAACAAAAGAGCGAGUACCGACCUGAUUCGGGACAUCAGCAAUAUGGACCAUCACCAACCAUGAAUACUCGUGGAGCACUACCACCAACUCCACCGAUGCAAUCUGAUUCCGGCUUCGACGGCCGCCAGUCACCUUCGACUGCCUCGAACUCGGGGUAUUCUGUUGCAUCAGCACCUGGCUACUACUUCGCACCAUCAACAGUAUCAGCUAUCAACAAUGUGGAACCGCACGCACAGCGACAACAUGUUCCCGCUGUCCAGCGACGAGUUUCGAUGCCAGCAGUUGCGAUGGCUUACAGCCAAUCCCCAUACAACGGGUCUCAGUAUAGCGUCUCCCCUCAACAGUCAAUGAGCUCCUACUACUCGAGUCCAAUGCAACCAACACCUCCCCCACAAUCGCAAAUUUCAGGACUGUACUACCAAAGACCGCUCCCCCAACAAUUCCCUCCACCAUUGAUGCCUGUCUCAGUCACCCUGACGCCUUCAUCCGGCGCAAACCCAUGGCAACAUCACCACUACAUCUCGCCAUCAUCAGCUGCCGCAUUCCCUCAAUCCCAAGACCGGUACAUCUGCCAGACCUGCAACAAGGCCUUCUCGCGACCCUCAAGCUUACGAAUCCACUCUCACUCGCAUACCGGCGAGAAGCCAUUCAAGUGUCCGCACCAAGGAUGCGGAAAGGCCUUCAGCGUCCGCAGCAACAUGAAGCGCCACGAACGAGGAUGUCACAGCUUCGAAGGUGGUGCUAUGGUAUGA